GGGGCUGUUCUCUGAGGAGACCAGGCUCCCCCUCAUCCUCUUAUCCCCCAGACAAGCCAGGGAGGAGGCAGACUGAGCUCCAAAUCCAGGAGAUGACGCAGAUCUCCCCAGGCCCCAGGGGAGGAGAAGUUCCAACUAAGGAAGAGCACAGACUACUGGAGGGGGAGACAUUUAGUGUGAACUGCUCCUACAAACCCCAGGAACAUGACAAGAGAUCUUUGACAUGGUGUAAAAAACAAGAGAAUGGAGAGCACUGCGGUGUACCACUACUCUUAGAAACAGAGUCCAAAUUUUCAGUAUCAGGCAAAGAAUACUUCUCCUCUUACGACAGCAAUAGUGGCAUCAUCACUAUCAUGAUGUCUGGACUCAGAGUAACUGACUCAGGUGUCUACGAGUGUGGGAUCUGUGAAGUACCUCCUAAGUGGGGAAAAGAUGUCCUCAGGAGAUUCCACCUGGUGGUGUCCCCAGCUCAAACACAGAGCCCCAUGAAAGAGAAACAAGCUACCACAGAGGUCACUUCCAACAAUGAGGCCACCAACAGGUCUAGCACUUCAUCCAUUGCACCACCUGGGGAGAGUUCCACAGAGAAGAAAUUUGUCGUUUUGGGUGUGGUCCUGUCUUGUUUGUUCCUAUUGGUGCUCCUUGUUGUGGGCAUCAUUUGUACCAGGAGGAUCUCCCAGAAAGCAGGGAAAGGUGAUGACUCUGAGACCCAACAAAAGAAGUCAAAGGGCUCUACCAUGAAGCAGGACAGUGAUGAGGAUUCUGAGGACAUCCAUUAUGCCACAGUGUCCAACAGAAACUCCAGAGAGCUGAUUGGUGCCAAAACUCAUACUCCUGCUGAGACCGUGGAAUAUGCCACCAUAACAAAGAAAUGAUGACUGCCGUCCAGAUCCGAUAUGGAAGGACUGCCUGGACUAUCAGUAGAGAAGUGAUGGACCAAAGAUGUAUAGAAAUGAAACACACAUUGUUAGACAUGGACCAUGUAUAGAUUUGUUUUGCUUGGCUUUACUUCUUUGUUGCAAGGGAGGGUUCUAUAGGUUUUUGGGCGAGAGG